AUGAAGGACCAAGAUGUUCUUGAACAGGUUGUUCCCUACACCGACGAAGAUCCGCUCGAUGAGGACCCAGAAUCGGAUCAUGCCACGCCUGACAAUACGCUGCUGAAUGAAGACCGUGAACUGGAGAUCAUCGACGUUCCUGUUCAGAAGCGAAGGUCAAAGCUGUUUUCAAGAUGUUCAAAGUGUCUGUUAGCCGUGAUGGCGCUUCUUGGACUCCUGCUGGUGGCUCUGCUACUGGUAUCCCGCUUGGCCUCAACGCGACACGCAACCACGCCGGGAGGUCACCAGGGCGGGCACAGCAACAAGCCGAGCAAGAAGCCAAGCAAACCGAAGGCCAUCCCGUAUAAAUUGGAUUUCCCUACUCUGUAUCCCCAAAUCAACACCGGAGCAAGCCAGGAAUGCCAGGCAGCAUGGGGUGAGCUUUCAAUGGUUCCAUGUCACGACAAGGUCUUUGAUCGGGGUAACGAUAACGGCACCUUGCGACUCUUCGGCUGGGACCCAAUGUAUUUCUUGCCCAAGAUCUGCACAGAAGAGUGCAGAAGUUCUCUUCGGAAGGCACACGAAAAUCUCUCAGCUCAAUGCUCACCUAGCGACACGUUUCUCAUUGAUGACUACCAAGGCAUGUUCAACACUGAUUUCCUCGAGUCUGGGCCUGUCGAGGCUGUGGAAACCCUACUUCGAAGGACGGAUUACCAAUGCCGCGCGAGUCCCACUGGCGACAGCGAUUAUCAGUACUGCCCUAUCGAGAUGCUCGAGCGAUUCUCCCUCAUUGAUGGUCUCAAUGCAAACCUCGUUGGCAUCGAGAGCUUCAUUCAUGAAACAGACCAGAAGCGGGUCGAACCAAGCCGUUGGAAGAAUGGUAAGAAGGGUACUUCCAAGUACAGUUAUAAGUACCACUACAAGGUCAGAGAACAGCGUUACGGUCCUGGAGUUGGCGAUACAUCCUGCGGCUGGUGUGCCUUUGACUAUCUCAACCGAACUCUUACCUCAUGGGCUGAGGGCAAGAUAUCUAACCCAAGCAAUGAUCAGCCAGUCUCCCUCCCGGAAUUCAUCCGUCGUGUGAGAACGGCUGGUGAACGAUGUGCACCAAACGACAGGUGGAAGAAGAUGUACUCGGAGGGCCUACAGCACUACCAGGCCUUGGGUGUUCUGCCAACAGACUGGGAGACUGCUCUACCAUCUGGAGAUUUGGAUUAUCUCAUCUUGCAUGGGCCUUCUUCGGGUGAUGCUCCAAUCUCUACCAUCAAUGCAGAGAUGGAACUCCUAAAAAAUCAUCCCCAACAGAAGGCCUGGCCAAUCAAGACUUCGCAGGUCUGCUUGAAAGACCUGUCAGAGCGAUAUGCCAAUUCCAAGUGCUAUAUCAAUCUCUCGCACGAGAAGCUCGUUUCAAUGAUGGAAAAGGGUUCCAAACGCCUCCGCGCAGCCUUUUGUGAUUCAGAUUGCAACGAAGCCAUCAAUGCGGAUAAGGUUUCCAUCUGUGACGCAGCUGCCUCGACAGAGAAAACCCGCGAACUUGUGGCCGAUUUUUACAAAUCCAGAGCCCAGAGAACCGCUUUCUGUAGUGUCGCGGGCAAAGAUUGGUAUAUUUCAGACUGUGCCCAAGCGCUACUAAACAUGGACAGGGCGGGGUGGACGUUCGAAGGACGUCCCGAUAGCCCUACUUUGAUCAAAGAUGUUAGCCAAGCUCUCGACCAGCUCAAGGAGAAACUCGUCCCUGAGGAUCUACGACCAGUGUUCGAGGACAAGCCGGAUGUUCUACCCAAAAAGGAUUCCUUCAAGCGUGUUACCGAACUCAAAGAGAGUGUCUGCGCAACCUGUGUCUGGAACUGGCUGGCUGGUAUCGACUUGGAAGAUCGAAUGGAUUAUAUCAGCACCUCUGAAUCUGCGCCAGAUUAUGUCAACUUCGUCAAGAAGUACCACAAGACAUGUACCGCGCUUGGAGCAACCUGGCUUGGGGACUUGCCCUAUGGUGACGAUCCUGCCAUUUGGCGCAUGCAACAACAGGAUGGGAGGAUCUUCCGAUUGAUUGAGGUCAAGAACCGUCAUGGGAGGCAAAUUGUCUAUGCUGUCAACGAGGCCACUGGCUCGGUCCACUUCUACGAAGACCAAAGGAGGCUGAAUAGGCCUGGAGUCGACGUUGCGACACUCUGGCACGUCCUGGAGGCUGAGAGGGGAGUCAAGGCAAAGUCGGAGGGAAAGUUUGAGGAAUGGAAGUUGGCGGAAGAAAAGCAUAGGAAGGAGGAAGAUGAGAAAAUAUGGAAAGUAGAUACUCGGUGGUCGACACAGGUCGAUUACAUUGGGCCAGUCCCAUUGGAGUAUUAA